CCAACACCGAAUUCAACUCACCCGCCAUCAGUUGAACAAUCCAAUCAUGUCCUCAUUCACAGCCUACCUUUCGUCCUUCCAAAACCCGGAUGCAAUCCUCCGCGUAGGAGCCCUGAUGGGCACCGCAGGCCUCUUCGGCUCCUCGUUCUGGGCCUCCUACGCCGUCAUGCCCUCCCUGCUCUCCUCCCAACUCCCCCCCAACAAAAAAUCCCACAUCGCAAACCAAAUUGUCAUCUACGCCAACCGUGCCGUUUUGGCCCUCGUCGGUGUAACCUCGACGGCACUGGGGGUGUUGUACUAUCGUAAUCGUAGGGUGUCGGAUUUGGUUGGAUUCACGGCUGUGAUUGGGGGGUUGGGGGCGCAGGUGUUCAUGUCUGCCGGACCUCGGAAGGAGUUGCAUAAGAUCUCUACGAAGGGCGAAUCAAAUGACUCUGGCAAGGAGGCGGAUGAGAAGAUCAAGAUCGUCGCUGCCCUGGACGUCGUUAAGACCGUAUGCUUUGGUCUUGCGUGCUUCAUUGGGAUUUACGAUGUUGUGAGGGAUGGGGUUAUUACGGGGUUACGCUCGUCCGCGGCGAAGGGAUCCGGAAGGAUCAUCGGAGAGAGACCGUUUGACAGGCAGCAGUCUUCGAAUAUCGUGGGCUAUCCCACUGCAAGGCCGGCUCAUUAAAGAUGGAAGUUGUUGAUUGUACGAUAUAUACCAUAGGAAUAGUGACUGUACGAUAGGAUGUCGACACGAGACUCGUAUGACCA